AUGUUGCCAUGUCCCUGGCGGUGUAGCCGAUCGCUGUAAAUUUCUCCGAUUAUGAUAUCCGGCCAUCCCCAGUUCUAUUGAAUGUCGUAUCAGUGAAUUGUGAAUUUUACGUUUAUUUAUUCCACUCGGAAAGACCGUCCACUGAGAGAGUUAUUCGGGAUAUUAUUAUUUACGUUCUACGACCCAUUGCAGACCAACAAAAAUGGGUUGUGCAGCCUCCGCAGAAACUAAGAAGACGGGCCCAGAGUAUGGGCAAUAUAGCAUGCUGGGUAACUACCAUCAGAAAAAAGAAGAGCCGGUGCCCCAGCAACAGACCAAUGGAGGGCCGCCCGCUGCCCCCGUGGACGACCAACUGUAUCAUACAGAUACGGAGGAUGAGGACAACAAUAGAUUGACGCCACCGCCGCCAGUGGCUGAUCCAAACAGCAAAAAACAGGAAGAACAAGUUCAAAAGCAAGAGGAAGUACCUCCACCUGUGAAACAGGAAGAGGAAACACCUCCACCAGUGAAACAGGAAGAGGAAGUACCUCCACCAGUGAAACAGGAAGAGGAAGUACCUCCACCAGUGAAACAGGAAGAGGAAGUACCUCCACAAGAGAAAGAGGAGGAGGCAAUACCUCCAGUAAUAAUAGAACAGAAUGAACCCUCUGGAAUGGAGGAUCAGAAAGAACAAGAACAUGAACAAAAUCAAGAAAUGAUUUCUGAAUUGGGCUUGCUCGCAGCCGGAGGUGAACACGAAGGUCGGCAAACAGGGGUGGAUGUUGUGAUUAGCCGAGACGAAAUAGAACGUUUCAGCAGCCCCGAACCUCCAAAGUUUGGAGAGCAAUAUGUUCAAAACGACUUGGGUCAGUUUGAGAUGCACAUGGACUUCCGGUCCAAUCCGGAAGAAUUCGAUUACGAAGUUCGUCCGGAAGUUUCUUCCGGUCAACUGUACACCGAUGAGGAAUUCGGCCUGCAGGUUGCCAUGGGAAAGGAACACAACCGGAAACCAUUGGAGUGGAAACGUCCGCCGGAGUUCGCCAAUAGCCCCUGUCUGUUUUCUGAGGGUACAACUCGCUAUGACAUCGGCCAGGGAUCUAUUGGUACAUGCUGGUUCUUAUCCUCUGUGGCUAACGUCGCCGACAAACCCAAACUUCUCCGCAGGAUCAUUCCAAGUGACUCCUACCCCGUGGGUUCACCGAAAUAUGACGGCAUCUUCCACUGCCGAUUCUGGCGCUUUGGUAUCUGGGAUGACGUUUUCAUUGAUGAUUGUCUGCCAAUCAUUUACCGAAACCAGAUUUACUCCGCCCACUCUAACACAGACCCCAACGAGAUGUGGGUGGCCCUUCUGGAGAAAGCUUUUGCAAGGAUGUAUGGAAGUUACACGGAUGUGAGUGGGGGCAUGGCGUCCGACUCUUACAUGGCGCUCACAGGGGGCGUGCCGGAAGAUAUCAACCUGAGAGAACUCAACAUGGAGCCUGAUCAACUCCAUACACGUGUCAGGAACGCCCUCUCCUCAGGGGCUGCGGUCACGUGUAGCGUGCCGGGUGAAUUUGACGGUCAACAUGGACUUGUCGGGGGACACGAGUAUACAUUGACUGGAGCCGUCACGGCAAACGGAGUUCGGUUGUUCCGGGUUCGAAAUCCAUGGGGUAACACCGAGUGGACGGGGCCAUAUUCUGAUGGGAGUCCAGAAUGGCAGAGUAUUCAGGGUAUCAUUGAGGGACCAAACAAAGAUGACGGCGAGUUCUACAUCUCUCUGGAACACUUCCUUCAAUUCUUUAGUACCCUGACCAUAUGUAGUAUUACUCCAGACUUUGACAGCGACGGAUCAUCCGAUUCUCUCAAAUAUUGUACCUGUCUGUACGGUCAAUGGAAAGGAGAGGAAGCCGGCGGAUUCCGGAAUAAGACGGACAAUCCCAAGUUCAAGUUUGAAAUCGAUGAAAAAAGCGUGGACCAGAGCGGCAAUGUUCCAUUUGUUGUACAGAUCAUCCAACGUACCAAACAGAGGAAAGCGCAAAAACUCAGCAUACGGGCCGACUUAUACAGGAUUUUGGACGACAGCUCAAAUGACCUCGUUGUUCUACAAGAGGAGGGAAUUCCCAGUAAAAAUAACAACUAUCGUGGGGAUGCCCAGACUUCCUUCCGGUUCUCACUUAAACCCGGAAAAUACGUCUGUAUUCCUUCAACCAUGAACGAAGGCCAAGAACGGGAAUUCAUGCUUCGCUUGUACAGCGCUGGCCCGCUAGGGGGCGUCAAGAAACUAGACUCUAAUGAAGUGACGAUUAUGAACUGCAGCGGGGAAGGUGCUGAAAAUUACAACAGCGUGAAGUGUCUUACGGGUCAGUGGAAGGCAGGGUCAAACGCAGGAGGUCAGGUGUCACACGGGACCUUCAGUAACAACCCACAGAUCCAGAUCGACAUUCCAAAUGAGCAAAGCGUAAAAUUCCAGUUGAUGGCGGAUAAAGAGGAACCUUCAUAUCCUAUUGGCUUAAAGCUUUUCAAGAUCUCUGGAGAGACGGCCCCCCUUGACAUAGACUGGUUGUACGAACACUACGGCAGCGCCGUGAAGACUGUGGACGGGGAUGACGGGCCGUUCGUCAUGGGGAGCUCCGCCCCCGCCGUCUACUCCCUGGAGGCGGGGUCAUACGUCUGUCUGCUUCACAUGGACGAACCGGACACAGAGAAACGGUUUGCCCUGGUCAUUAGGUCGCAGACACCGCUGAAUAACAUCGAACCACACCAGAUGGAAUGAAACCUUUAAAAGACAAAAUGAAAGUACUCACUUUUGAGACAUGAUAUCCAUGUUAUCUUUCUAUGUGACCUCUGAACUCUCAUGGCAGUUAGUCUGAAGGAUGAACCCGAUCGAAAUGUUACAAUCAUCAUUAUCCUGUAAAAUCAAUUUCAUCGUAUUGGAAUGUUUCUUUAUCAUUUUUUUUUCUGAAUUUUGUAAAUAACUUACUCCUACAUUGUAAUAAGUGUAAGUUCAUUCAUAAAGGCUAUAAGAAAGCCCAAAUAAAAUGACUUCAUAAUUUAGACUAGACUAACGCGAAACCUUUAGUUUCAAUAUGCAUAAGAUAGACGAUCAAAAUGUAAACUUGGAUGUAUUUCUGAGAAAUGGAGAUUUAGCAUUCAUUUUGCUUCACUCUGUUUGUAUGUCAGAGUUUCAUUAUGGAAUGAUGGGCUGACGAAAGUUCUGCUAUUGCAAAUCAAUCGAAAGUCAUCAAUUUUGUUCUUUUGUUGUUGUUUUUCUUUUUCGUUUGUCAUUCCAUUUUGUUCAAACAAAAAAAAAAUGAAUAUUUCAUCAAUAUUUCGUUUUGUUUGAAAUUACACAACAUUAAGGAUGUUGUCUCAUCGAAAGCAAAUCUGUGAUAUUAUUUUGCUGUUUAUAGUCGGUAGUUUUAUUUGUUUGGUUGGUUUUUCCCUUGAUUUUUUUCAGUUCGUCAACGAUCUGUUCCUAUGCUUCUUGUUUUGUGUUUUCCACAAUCAUGUAUAUAUAUUUAUAAAUUCACUCUUUUAAAUAUUAUUUUUAGUUUGUUUUUUCUUUUACAUUAUAUGAGGUUAUUCUCAAAAAUUUAGGUUUUUUUUCUAAGACCACCAUUUUGCUUUUUUAAUAUGUAUAUAUACUUUUAUAUUUAUAUUCUUUAUUUCAUUCCUCUUUUAUGAUUAUUUAUUGAUGUACAUAAUGUAUUGUAUCAAUUUACGGUGUUUUUCAUUUCAAAUUUGAAACACUUGAUUAGAUAUUUGAUUUUCAACAUCGUUUAACCUGUACAUCAGAUAGCUACGUGGAGAAAAAAGCUCCAAGAAAAGGGUAGUCCUUAAUAUGUUCUUUUUUUAAUUGAACAUUUAUUCCAGAAUACUAGUGCAUAGUAUUCAACGUUAACCUUCUUUAAUUUCUGUGUAAAUAGAGUUCACAAUCAGCAUUAUAGAUAUAUUUCUGAUAUUUAUAUUCAUUGUUAUGGAAGUGAUUGUUUUGUUUUUAUUACUUAUUCUAGUAUUUAAAUAUUUAUUAAUUCAAAUAUAUCUUCUAUAGUUAUACGUACAUGUAGUAUAUUUGCAUUAUAUAAACGUAUUCUCACCAUGUCUUGUCUUAACAUAAUAUAUACUGUACGUUUAUUAACUUAUUGUUUUUGAUGACAUCACCCAGAAUGACGUAUUUAUUUUUGUGACAAUUGGCUAGUACUACAGUUGAAGUACCAUUUUUAAUACCUGUAAACUGCCAGUACCUACCAAUGAACCUGUCUCUACUUACAAAAGUUAUCUGUUCUUGUCUUUACAAUAAAAUCUCGAAUUCACUGGUUAUCUACUUUUAUCUCUUCAUGUUUCACGGAUUUGCAAGUGUAGAAGGGCGAAAAUAACCCUUGUAUACAGUUGCAUACGACGCAUAAAGUACCACAUGUUAUGUCCGAAUUUUAAUUAAGGAAGCUAUAGGCAUAUCAAAUUACCCAUCAGAGGUACCUUAAAAUUUUUAAGCAUAAAAGGUCUGUAUUUACUUGAACCUGUACCUACCUACAAAAGAUAUCUGUUCUCGCCUUUACAAUAAAAUGUCGAAAUCAU